AUGGCGCCGCGGCCGAGCGCGCGGCGCCUGUUACAGGCCGUGCUCGUCGUCUUCAAGAGCGAGGAGGAGUCGGCCGAGGACCGGCGCGAGCGCGUCGCCCGCGACGCGCGCCGCCGGCGGCGCCGCGCGGCGUCGGCGAGCCGGAGCCGGAGCCGCUCCGUCGAGCGCGGCCGGGCGCACGACGACGACGAGGCCGUCUUCGACGCCGCGCCGCCGUCGCCGACGAAGCCGCCGCGCGAGCGGACGACCGGCGGCGCGUGGCGGGGCCUCGCGCCUUUCCUCGCCGCGCGCGCGCUCUCCGCCGGCGCGGCCGACGGGGCGUUGCUCGGCCUCCGGGGCCCCGCGCCCCUCGUCGUCGUCGCGCUGCGGGCGGCGGCGGCGCACCCGCUGGAGCGGUGCGCCGUGUCGCUCGCGACGGGCGCGGCGGCGCCGGCGAGCGCCGCGGGCCUCGCGGACGGCUGGCGCGUCGCCGCGGUCCUCGCCGCCGCCGAGCGGCGGCUCCUGGGCCCCGCGGCGCUCGGCGUCGCGGCGGCGCUGCGGCUCCGGGACCUCCGCGGCGACGCGGCGGACCCCCGGGAGCGCGCGCGCUGCGCGGCCGCGUACCUCGCCUGCUCCGCCGCGGCGCUCCCCGCGGCCUGCGCCUGCGUCGCCUGCGGCCGCCUCGCGACCUACGCGCUCUUCGGCCCGCCGCCGGCGCGCCGCAAACGCGAGCGCGCCUUCGCGCGGCGGCUCCAGCGCGCGCUCGACCGCACGGCGCCGCUCCCGCCCGACGCGCCGCCGGCGGAGGGGCGGCCCCUCGGCCGCGCGCGGCCGCACGUCGUGACGUGCCGGCCCUACGACGCGACGCCGGCGUGGCGCGAUCCGGUCGCGUUCUGGCUCUGCGUGUGCAUCGCCGUCGUCGGCUACUGCAAGCUCUUCUGCAUAUUCUGCCACAAGGCAAAACGGGCAGAAUUUGAAGACGGCAAGUGCUCGCCGAACCACAAGCACUGGAUAGCGAUGAUCCUCUGGCUCGACGUCGCAACCGUGGGCCUCCUCUGUUUCGGGGUGUCGCGCGGGCCUACGGGCGCGGGCGACAGGGACGGCUGCAGCCGCGGCGCGGGCGAGGCGGGCGUCGCGCUCCUCGCCAUCGCCGGCGCCUUGCUGCUCACGUGCGUGGCGCCGCUCCACGUGCUCCGCCGGUCGCGAGACGAAGCGCGGCGGAGGGAGCGCGAGGAGGCGCGCGCGCGCGAGGAGGAGCGGCGGCGGCCCAAGUACGAGCGGCUCAGCGUCGCGCGGGAGCCCGGCACGGACCCGGCGCUCGUCGAGGCGCUGACGAAGCCCGAGGACGUCGAGCGCGAGCUCGAGCGGUUCCGCGUCUGGCAGCGGGCCGACGACGGCGCGUGCCCGCGCUGCGGCGGCCUGGGCGCCUACGGCGUCUGCGACGGCGCGAAGGGCGACCGCGAGGGCCACCUGCCCUGCGGCUGCGAGAUCUGCCACCUCUGCCACGGCUCGGGCACGACGGACGCGGUGCUCGACGAGCUCGAGCCCGACGAGCGCGACGACGAGAUGCCGUGCCAGGUCUGCUUCUGCGAGCGCCCGCGCGAGAGCCGCUUCAAGCUCGCGGCGGACUGCGACCACUUCUACUGCGCCGACUGCAUCCGCGGGUCGCUAGGCGCGAUGAUGGACACGGGCCAGUUCCCGGCCUACUGCCCCGCGUGCCGCGCGGACGCGCGCGGCGACGCGGAGCGCCUGCGCGCGGGCCCGGGCAGGAUCACGGACGCGACGCUCACGUUCCUCCAGCGGCGCCGCGCCUUCAAGGACCGCGGCGAGGCCUUCUUCCGCUGCCCCGCGGACGACUGCGGCAACUGGCUCCUCGCGGCGAAGCCCGGCGAGAUCAUCGAGAUCCGCGGCGACAAAAUCGUCCGCGAGAAGAAGAUCGGCCUCGCGCCCUGCGGCGCGGCGGUCUGCCUCGUCUGCAAGACGGAGCUGCCGCGCUACGCGGAGCCCAUGUCGCCGGGGACGGUCGAUCCCCGGGUCGGGCAGAGCGUCCGCGCGUUCAGCGACGGCGCGCGGCCCUGGCGCCGCGCGGUCGUGACGGCGCGCGAGACGUCGGGCGUCCGCGUCAAGUACCUCCAGGGCGGCGACGAGGACGCGACGCCGCGGACGCCGGGCGGCGAGCACGAGAACCGCCACGCGUCCUUCGUGGGCUGGGACGCGCUGCGCGUGCCCGUGGAGCUCGCGAGGCUCGCGGCCAUGCACGACUGCCCCGAGGACAAGCUCACGCAGACGGAGAUGGACGAGGCGACGAAGCAGGCCAUGGCGCAGAUCGGCAAGCAGUGCCCGUCUGCGACCAGCUACAAGGACCUCGACAAGACGCCCCGCCGCGGGCGGCCCGUGACGGCGCGGCAGCUGCCCGCCGGCACGCACCCCAAGUGCCCGUCCUGCGACCGCUACAAGUGCGUCGACGACGUCGACUGGCUGCCGCACCACGGCGGCAAGCGGGGCACGCAGGGCCGCGCGAACGGCGGCGACCACUGCUGCGCGGAGUGCCGCGACGGCGCGGGCACGCACGGCAAGUACUGCCACGCGAUCUACAAGAACGAGGAGCGGCUCCGCGCGGGCGCGGCGCCGGAGGGCGCCGGUGAGGCCAAGGACGUCGAGAUCGCGGGCGUGGAGAUGACGGAGCGCCCGGCGCUGGCGGGCGUCGUGCUCCGCGUGGACGCGCCGCCGCCGGCGGACGACGAGCUCGUGCUGCCGCCGGGCAUCAAGGCGUGCCCGGCCUGCGGCAUGCUCCUCGAGAAGAUCUCGGGCGACAACCAGAUGAUGUGCGGCUGCGAGGCCAAGCCCGCGGGCGGCACCUACAGGAAGGCGCUCGCCGGCGGCGGCUGCGGCCACAUGUUCGACUUCGCGACGCUCCGGCCCCUCGGCUGCGGCGCGCCGGGCGAGCCCGCGAACGAGCGGCAGGUCCGCUUCGCGCGGGGCUAA